AUGGCAGCACCGAUAUCUUCAGGUGGCGGCGGCGGAAAUGCUGCGUUCAGGGACAAGGAGAAGCCCAGAGCUGUGCGCAUAGCCAACAUCGUCGCCGCGAGAGCUGUGUCCGACGCAAUCCGAACUUCUCUUGGGCCCAAAGGAAUGGACAAGAUGAUUCAAACCGGCAAAGGCGAAACCAUCAUUACCAAUGACGGAGCGACCAUGCUGAAGCAGAUGAGCGUUAUGCAUCCCUCCGCAAAAAUGCUCGUCGACCUCGCACACGCCCAGGAUAUCGAAGCCGGAGAUGGUACUACAUCAGUCGUUGUCCUAGCAGGCAGUCUCUUGGGUGCUGCCGAGCGGUUAUUGUCCAAGGGCAUCCACCCUACCGUUAUCUCAGAGGCCUUCCAGCGCGCCGCCGCACAUUCGAUCGAGAUCCUCACCGGCAUGUCGAUACCGAUCUCACUGGCCGACCGACCAACCCUGCUGAAGACCGCAACGACCGCACUUUCGUCCAAGAUUGUAGCACAGGAGCCCAAGCUGCCCGCCAUGGCUGUGGACUCUGUCUUGAAGGUCAUCGACCCCAAGACCGCCGAUAACGUGGAUCUGAAGAAUAUCCGGAUAAUCAAGAAGCCAGGUGGAACCAUCGAGGACAGCGAGAUGACCGACGGUCUGGUGCUACAUCAGCCUGUAGUCAAGAGCGCGGGAGGCCCGACCAUGAAAGAGAAGGCGCGAAUUGGCCUGAUACAGUUCCAGCUCAGCCCCCCCAAGCCAGACAUGGAGAACCAGAUUGUCGUCAACGAUUACAGGCAAAUGGACAAGAUCCUAAAGGAGGAGCGGACGUAUCUGCUCAACAUGGUCAAGAAAAUCCAAAAGGCGAAGUGCAACGUGCUGUUCAUCCAGAAGUCUAUCCUACGCGACGCAGUAAACGACCUCAGUCUGCACUUCUUGUCAAAACUCAAGAUUCUCGUCGUCAAAGACAUCGAGCGCGAUGAAAUUGAGUUCAUCUGCAAGAGCACUGGUUGCAAGCCCAUUGCUGACAUCGAUUCAUUCACAGAGGACAAGCUUGGCUCCGCCGAUCUUAUCGAGGAGGUCCAGUCAUCAGGCGCAAGAUAUGUAAAGGUAUCAGGCGUGAAGGCCGCCUCUUCCACCGUCUCCAUAGUCUGCCGAGGCGCAAACUCAUUGAUUCUCGAUGAAACCGAGCGCUCGUUGCACGACGCACAUUGCGCCAUCCGCUCGCUAGUGAAGAAGAAGGCCCUCCUUGCAGGUGGCGGCGCACCUGAAACAGAGAUUGCACACCGACUUUCUAUCAAGGCGCGUGAGCUUACGGGUACCGAGGCUAUCUGCUGGAAAGCUUUCGCAGACGCCAUGGAGGUCAUCCCUACGACCCUAGCAGAAAACGCGGGGUUGAACAGCAUCAAGGUUGUGACGGAGCUGAGGCAUCGUCACGCACAGGAUCAGCGGAACGCCGGUGUCAGUAUCAAGAGCGGUGGUGUGAAGAACGAUAUCGCGGAGGAAAAUGUGCUGCAGCCACUGCUCGUGAGCACGAGCGCCAUCGAGCUGGCCGCUGAGACAGUCAAGAUGAUACUGCGAAUCGACGAUAUUGCCCUGUCCAGGUAG